AUGAACUCCAAAGCUUUAGGAGCCAUCUAUGGAGCAUUGAGUAAAACUGAAUUUAGUCGUAUUUCCGCGUGCACUACUGCAAAAGAGGCUUGGGAUAUUCUCCGAGUCACCCACGAGGGUACUAAGACUGUUAAAACUUCAAAACUCCAAAUGCUUACAACACGUUUCAAAGAUUUGAGAAUGCAGGAAGAUGAGGCAUUUGAUAGUUUUAUCACUAAGUUGGGUGACAUCGUUAAUUCCUUCCACGCACUAGGAGAACCAAUCCCUAAUCUUAAUGUUUGUCGAAAAGUGCUUAGGUCUCUUCCUGAGAGGUUUAGGGCUAAGGUAGUUGCGAUCGAAGAAAGUGAUAAAGUUGAUGACAUUCUUUUUGAGGAACUUGUAGGUAAACUUCAAACGUUUGAAUUGAAUGAUCUCUCAAAGAAACCUACAUUAAAGACUAAUAAAAGCAUUGCUUUUAAAUCUUCUAAAGAAGAAUCCUUUGUGACACAAGAGAGUGAUGAUGACCUUGACGAAGAAGAACUUGCUUUCUUUGCUAAAAAAUUCAGAAAAUUUGUUAAAUUUCGUAAAAAUAAUAAUUCUGGAAAUUUUUCUUCUUCGACUAAUGGGGGCAAGAAUUUUAAUUCUGGGGAUAAUGAAAAGAAAUCUACUAUUGAUAAACCCAAGAAACCCCAAGCGGAGUGUGCAAACACUCUUAAAAAGAAUGUGGCCAAGGGUUAUAAGGUUACGUGGGAUGAUGAUAGUGAUGACAGUAGUGAUGGGGGUUCUGAAGCUCCUAGAUAUUCUGUGCUUGUUGCCAACAUUAAGUCCCCCGCAUCCCCCAAAUCGGUUGAACUUUCUACAACUCUUAGCAACAAUAGUAAGUAUGUCUCGACUGACGAAGACUGUGAGAAUAGUAAUGAUGAUAUAGAUUCUAUUCAUGAGGCCUAUAAUCAAUUGUUUAAAGAGGGUGUCAAAUUGAAAAAGAAAAAGAAGGAACUCAUGAGUGUCAUCAAGAAAAUUAGUGACAAGUUCGCAAAAAUUGAGAGAGAGCAUGUGGAUGCCUUGAAGGCUCUUGAAGGCUCAAAGGAUAGGGUUUUUGAAUUGGAGCAUGACAUUAGGAAGGCCACUGAGGCCAUAAAGCGUAUUGAGUGUGGCGCAACUCGUAUUGCUGAGAUGACACAUACGUUUAGAAAUAGAAGCGGCUUAGGGUUUGUUGAUCCACCUUCACUGAUACAUAAAGCCAGCGAGUUCACAAAAAAGGAAAUCAAGUUUGUAAAAUCUGAAAUUGCAAAGAAUGAGGUAGUGAGCGAUAAACCCGAAUCUUCUAUUAUAUCUCCCACUAUCAUUAAGAAUGCUUAUAACAGUACUCAUGCUCCUGAAAAGAAAAAUCCUUUUAUUUGUCACUACUGUGGUGGUCAAGGUCACAUUCGACCUUUUUGUUAUACACUUAGAAGGGACAAUCAGAGAACAAAGGGGAAACUGUUUGUAGCCCCAGUUAAUAAAAGUGUUCGAAAUGGUCAACUCAAUGUGGGAAGACCUUAA